AUGGAAUGCAUGGAUGACGUCAUUAGACGGAUGGAGACAAAACUAGCCAACGAGAGGAAUGAAAGGGCGCUAGACGCGUUUUUCCAUGAACAUGGAGCGGCCAUCGUUCAUGACUGGUACAGAAAGAUCACCAAGGCAACUAACCGUACCACCCGAAUGGCAUGCGAAGACUAUUCCCACGACCUCCUUCGUGAGUACAAGAAAUGCUUCCAGGAGUUUCCUCAUGAGCACCCGAAGGCCUUCAUCCAAGCUCUACAUGAAGAGAUCCUUCCACAGGUCACAGUCAGCACGGAGAUGGAGGGAAGCGCUGUCGAAUCCUUACUAAAAGGGGUCACCGAUAAAGGGCUUGUUGCAGUGUUCGCGACGUCGAGGAAACGCGUUGCCACCGGUAGGAAAUGUCUUUCAAGUACACCAUGA